AUGGCCACUGUCGACCACUUCUUCCGCGCUCCUCGUGAGCUACGCGACCGCUUCUACAAGAAUGCGCUCAAAGGCGUCACCGUCGUCCAUGUCAAGCACAACUUCGUCAGGAACCAGCACUCCAAACCAUUCGCACACCAGUGGCUGGUCCCAGUCAUACCCGCCAACUCUCCACUAGUACAGAUUGCAGGCGCAAAUCGACAAGCCAACGCCGAGGUCUACGAGUACGUCAAACGCCGAGCACUCAAGUACAACCACAUCAAGAUCAUCGCUCGAGUCCUCGACUUCGACUUCCGAGCUCUCAUCAAGUUCCUCGAGUCACUCACUCCUGCCGACGUUACCAAGAUCAACAAUGCCACUCAGCCAAAGCUGAUCGUCCUCUUGAACGUGACCGACAGCAACGCGAUCGACGGCAAGAAGCUAGGCGCCUGGUUCCGCUUCCGCAAGACUGCCAGCGUGACGUUGACGUACUCAGUCGGCACCGAUCCAGGUUUCAACGCUUCUCUACGACAGCUGUAUACCAUCAGCCUCGCUUUCGGCGGAAACGAGGAGAUGAAUAAGAUCUACAAGGCCUGCGUUGAGUGGGAGGUAGGGCCCAGGGCCGUUGGUAGACAGGUGAAGCGCUGGUACGAGCCGCCUGCGAGGGAUGUGGAAGAGGACUCGGAGGAUGAGUUGGAGGAGUCGGAGGUGCUGCGUGGUUCCAGAGGAGCUGCGAAGACAUCGAAGGAUGUGGAGCGCAAGACGGAAAGCAAGAAGGUCAAUCCGAGUCAAGGCAGUGCCGAUGCAGCACGUAAGUCGACUGGUCUGCUCGGAUUGAUAUCAGGAUUCGCGGCUGGUUAUGGUGGGGAGGAUGAAGGCGAGGGCGAGGAAAGUGACGUGGAAGAGGAAGAAGACGAAGAGGAGGAGGAGAGUAGUGAGAGCGAUGUGGACUCUGACAUGAUGAGCGAUAGCGAUGAUGACGAGUGA